AUGCUAUCUGCAGCAGAUAAUCUAAUACGCAUCAUAAAUGCAGUUUUUCUUAUCAUAUCGAUAGGUUUAAUCAGCGGACUGAUAAGUACGCAAGCAAAGCAUAGUUCUCGAGUGAACUUCUGUAUGUUUACUGCGGCUUAUGGUCUAGUCACAGAUUCAUUAUACGGAUUUUUGGCCAAUUUUUGGUCGUCGUUAACAUAUCCAGCAAUUUUGCUUGCCCUGGAUAUUUUGAAUUUUAUAUUUACAUUUGUAGCAGCUACUGCACUGGCCGUCGGUAUUAGGUGCCAUUCCUGUAAAAAUAAAACUUAUCUGGAACAAAAUAAGAUCACUCAAGCUUCUAGUUCCAGAUGUCAUCAGUCUCAAGCUGCGGUAGCAUUUUUCUACUUCUCCUGUUUUCUAUUUCUGAUAAAAGUAACAGUGACUGCAGCUGGUACGAUUCAAAAUGGCGGAUUUGGUUUCAAUUCUGGGUUCGGUAGAAGGAGAGCAAGAAGACAACUGGGGGUGCCUACAAUUUCUCAGGUUUAG